AUGGAAACACCAGGUUCUGCGGAAGAUCCUGAAGACUUCUCGCUUUCAGGCAUUCUCAAGCCCGGUUCCUCGCUUCAUCCGACUUUCCUCCUGGUGUUGGAUGUCGCCUUCGCCGUCCUCCUAGCGAUAUUGGGCUCCCUGGUCAUUCUCACUCGCGGCAACAUACACCUGUUUGUCUUGAUGAUGAUUGAACUUUGUCUUUGGGCUAGCGUGAAAUGGGUCGUACACGAGCUGAAGCGAACUCCGCCGACAAACACAGCGCCGUCAUCCCAACACACUCCAGCAGCUUCGAACAAAGACAAGCAGGACUGA